ACCUCACGUGCCUCCGGUGCGCCCUGUAAAAAAAAACCGAGCCCUAACGAUCUUCCGCCGAUAUUAACGCGCGCUCUCCGCGUCCGGCGUCCGCGGGCUUCUUAAAGGCGCAGCGACACCUGCGUUCGUGCGUCACACCGAGGUUCCCCUCGCAUCUCCUCCAGCGCCAGAGAGCAGUAAAGCGGGGAAAUAUUCGACGUUUGACGGCGGAUGAACCGUGUUUGAGGUUCGGGUGGAGUCGAGCCACAUAUUGAGCAGUGACACACUUCAGGACUCAAUCAUGAAGGACGGAAUGGCUAAUAACAGCACGGCCAGCAUCUCUCAGGCCCGGAAAUCUGUGGAGCAGCUGAAGAUGGAGGCCUGCAUGGACAGGAUAAAGGUGUCCAAGGCCGCGGCGGACCUGAUGGCGUACUGUGACGCUCAUAUACGAGAGGACCCGCUCAUCGUGCCCGUCCCGGCCUCAGAGAACCCCUUCAGGGAGAAGAAGUUCUUCUGCACCAUCCUCUGAGUUUGGGCCGGGCCGCAGGUUCUGUGUCCUCGUCUCUGGCUGCCGCCGUUGAGCUGUGUUUGAGCGGCUGUUGACGGUCCGAUCCCUCCUGGACGCCUCUGGGGUCAAUUAACUGGCAACCCAAUCUGAGCGUCUCAUGUCUCGUUAAAUAGGUUUGCUAUUACUUCGUCAUUAGAGAACAGCCUUUCUCACUGCUUAUGAGAGAGAGAUUUUUGUGUUUUUGUUCUGUUUGUGUCUCAGAGGAUGUGAAACCCUGAUGUUUUUAUGAACUUAAGCUGUUUGAUAUGCAUCACUGGUCAAAUGUUUGGACACACUUGAGCGAAUCGUCAAAAAAUAAAGCUUAUGCAUUAAUAAUAUUAUUAUUAUUAUUUUACUUUUAAUCUGAGGACAAAAAGGACAACUCAAUAUAACAGCUGUUAUUUAUGCAUCCAUGCAUUAAUUAUAUUAAUGGAA